UUGUGAUUGUUUGGAAAAUUCCUAUUCAUGCCCCCUUUUUAUGCAAUUAUUAUGGUCAUUUUUGUAAAUUCAGUCAUAGUAGUACUCUGUUAUAGGGCUACUAUAAAUAAAGAGGUACUCCAUGUCACCCAGCAUAACAUUUCAAGAACCCAUUAAAGAUGCAGCAAAAUGAUCGGGACCAGAAGCUCCUGCAAAAUGUUGACAAGUUCAACAUGAAGAAGUACAACAAGUUCUUGAAAAGGACUUUGCAGUCCGUUAUCUCAGUCUCAUUAUUUUCUUUGUUUCUUUGCUACUCCUCAGGCUUCUGCUUCUUUCGGCCCCAUUCCUUCAUUGUCUACUUCUCCGCAUUCCUUUUUUCACUCUUCACCCACACCCUCCAAAGGAGAUACAUAUUUCUCAUUUGCAAUGCAAUUCUUGCUAUUCUAGCCAAGAGCUUAUUUUCUAGCAGCUCUUCACCAUCUGUGACUGAUAUUGGUGGCGACUUUUCAGCUUCUGAUGUAUUUGCAACGAAGACAUCAGUUGCUGAGGAAGUCCAAGUCGGAAGUAUUGGAUCGGUAGAUAAUGUCGCUCUUGUAGCUGAAGGAGGAGAAGAAGAAGGAGAAAAUCUAGCAGAUCAAGCUGGAAAACUACAAGUACAAGAAGAUGGGUCGUCUUCUGGUGCAGAAAAUGAACAAAGAGAAAUUGAAGCUUUCAUUGCAGAUCAAGAUGAAGCUGGGCGAGAAGAAGAAGAAGAAGAAGAAGAAGAAGAAGAAGUAGCACCGGAAGCAAAUGAUGAAUUGAACAAAAAGUUCGAAGAAUUCAUUAGGAAGAUGAAGGAAGAAAUCAGGAUUGAAGCCCAACGUCAACUAAUUGCCGUCUAAUCAUGACGUAUAUCCUGAUCAGAUGUAUUAUCUUGCUCCAAAAUGCUUUGGUCUCUUUUUAAAAUGACUAAGCUCUUUUUCUUUCUGAUCAUGUAUCUUGCAUUCAUGCAUGUAGAACUUAGCUUAAUUCUGUCGUUAAGUUCUUUGUUUUAAUCUUUAGCUGUGUGACUGUAUGUUUUCUUCUUGUUCUUUUACUUCAUCAAAUUGAGCAAAUUAAGCUUCAAA